CUGCUGCAACUCCUUCUCGACAAGGGGGUGGUGCCUGUGAUCGCGCCGGUCGCGACCGGCGCCGACGGCACCUCGUACAACGUCAACGCCGACACGAUGGCGGGCGCGAUCGCGAGCGCCCUCGGCGCAGCCAACCUGCUGCUGCUCACAGACGUGGAGGGUGUGCUGGACGCGGCGCCGCCCGAGGGGAAGCUCGUGCCUCUGCUGACGCCCGGCCAGGCGCAAGCGUUCUGCGACGAGGGCGUCGCCGUCGGCGGGAUGAUCCCGAAGCUCGGCACCGCCAUAGCCGCCGUCCACGGCGGCUGCGAGACGGCCGUGGUGAUGGACGGGCGCGUCCCCCACUGCGCGCUCGAGUUCCUCUUUGGCGACGCUCCCGUCGGCACCGCCAUC